AUGACCGCUUUGUCGUCAAUUCUUCGACCGCUGCAGCGUCCGGCCUCCCUGCCCAGCCUCGAAACAUUCGCAGCUCACCUUCGCCUGCCUGCACUCGUCAGACCCGCCGCCUCUAAUCCUCACUCGUGGGCAGCUGUAGAGAAAUGGAGCCAUGUCGAUGAGAAGGGCAGAGAGACGCUGCAGGGAAUGAGAGUCGACGAGAUGGAGGAAUCCAUAAUCGAGGUUGAGGUGGGACAGAGAGGCAGAGGAUACCUGGAUCAAGGCAGCUGGGAGAAGGUCAAGAUGCCCUUCGGCACCUUCCUCGACGCCUUUAUCGCCGGCAGCAUCCCUUCCCUUACCAGCAGCACCACAGACCUGAUAGGCUAUGUGGCGCAGCAAGAUCUCCUUGCCCUCUCACCCACCCUCGCCAAGCAAUGUCCCUCACUUCCUCACACCACUGUGGGGCCUCGAGGCGAUCAGGAGCAGUGGCGCACAAACACCUGGGUCGGCCCCAGGGGCACCUUUACACCGAUCCAUCGCGACCCAUACGAGAACAUCUUCGUUCAAGUGGUGGGAAAGAAGAGGUUUCACGUCUUCCCUCCGGCAGCGCAGCCCUAUCUCUACCUCGAGAAGGGAGGCAGGCAACAAAAUACCAGUACGGUGCCUACAGAGAACUACUUGCUACGCGGCGUUGACGAGGGGCAGAGACAGAAAGACUUUCCGCUCCUGAACGAAGCGGCUAAGCAAGCUGAGGCUGCCAAUGUUACGCUGGAGCCUGGGGAUGCCCUCUUUCUGCCCCGUGGAUGGUUCCACUGCGUCGCUAGCCUCACGACAAGCGCGAGUGUGAACUUUUGGUUCAGAUGA